AUAGCACGAACAUAUGCGUUGUGGCGACCCGUCAACCGAAUUAGUUAAUUUCUAUGGAAAUGAGCUCAUAGCUUGCCACAUCCCACGCUCCCGGGGGAGAAUAACUCCUCAUGCGAACGCCGCACUCGAUACAGGGUACUCCAUAUUGCUGCUAAUCAGUCAUUGGUUAAUCUAUCGACAUUCAGGGAAUUUUUAAUGCUUAUCCAGAAAUCAAAGUUGACAAGCAUGGAGCCGGACUCUGAAAGCCCUUCAAUCUCCCAUCCUGCGGGCACCUCCCAUUCGCUUCAGUUGUGCUUCUGUUGUGGCCAUCCGCUGAUAUGGCGACCGUCCCUCGGCAGCGCGUUGCUGGCUUUCAGGCUGGCUGGCUAGCUGGGUCAGUUGUUCCGUGCCAGCCGUCGGGCGACAACAAUGACCAGUCGACGCCGUCAACGCGACAGCAUUUAUCGAUUUUUGCAUACCCAGUGGAGCGCUAGGAGCAGUCAAGGAAAAGUUCCAGCUUCGCAGACCCAAUUGGGUCGGACUAACGGCCUUCACAUGAGCAUGCUGGGAUUUGUCUACCUGGUCCUCAUCCUGGGUUGGAUACUGAUCGUAUUGUUUCUGAAAUGCAAAAAGUCCUUGGCCGCUCCCUUUCGCUUUGGCGAAAACUACACUGAUGCCAUCGCCGAUACUGAGCGCCGGCCCUCAGUGCAUGUGAUCCAACUCCAGCACGAUGAUGUGGAACGCGAAGAUCAUUACUUGGACAACUUUCACCGCAACACGGAGAACCUGCAGCGCUACUCGCAUCGCUCGCAACGUUCCACUUUGGAGGAGCGGACAAUUGAGCGGACCUAUCCCACGGAUGCGGUGAUAAAUCCUGCCUAUAUGCACGAUGAGGACUACGUGAUCAAUGCCCCGCCACCAUCUUACGAGGAGGUGAUGCGCCAGCCGCAGGUGUAUCCUCAGGUGCGCCACAACAACCACAAGAUCAGCGAUGCUGACAUCUAG